CGCCCAUUGUCUCUCCUCGUUCUCGUCUGCGCGAGUUCUUCGAGCGUGUAAGAUCUCGGCUCUGCUUGCCAUGCCUGGCAAGCAUGCGCAGAGAUCUUACACGUCUUCAAGCGCUUCACGCAGACGCUGAAAACGUCGAGUCGCCGCUGCCGUGGCUGGCAACGCCAUGCCGAAGGCACAGCCGCAGCUCGCUUGCGUCUGCGCGACUGCUUUGCGUCUCAUCUCGCUUCAUCCUUGCUGUCUCCGACAAGCAUGAGGGGAGAUUCGUUGCCGUAGGGAGCGCACAGACGUUGAGACGGCCGGGCACAGCUGUCAAGCGCGACGGCAUGCCGUCGAGGCUAGCUCAUCGCCUCUUCGCCUCUCUUCUCUGGUCCUCUCUCUUUUCUUCGUUCCCUCGCUUGCGAACGGCAAGGCCACCGCGUCGGCAAGUGCGAUCGAGCUCUCAUCAUGCAGGCGGACAUGACGGCGUCGUUCGUCGCCAACUUCGCACCCGAGAUCGACCGCGCGGAACGUCUGCGGCUCGGACGAUGUGUAGGAGAAUGGCGAAUGCCUGUCCUGCUGCCACCUGGACAGCCUGAGCAGCACCACAUGGCCACUGCUAUGUCGGUGUUGCUAGCCUGUCCUGGUACCGCAGCCCUGGCUUUCACCUGUACUCUUCCAUCAUCGUUCCGGCUCCAAGAUCGGCAAGAGCAAGCUCGCGUGCCGGGCCAUUCUCUCCUCAGCUCUCAUUCGGCGAGCGGCG